AUGAAUGCACUGAAUUGUUGUAUCUCUUCAGUCCAGAAGCAAGAAAUUGUUCGCGUAACGCAACAAUUAUUGGAUGCUAUUUCAUGCAAAGACUACGAGUCUUACUCAAGGCUUUGUGAUCCAUCAAUGACAUGUUUUGAACCAGAAGCUUUGGGUAAUCUGAUCGAAGGAAUGGAUUUUCAUAAGUUUUACUUCGACAAUAAUAGUGGAACAAGAGGGUCAAAAAUCCACACUACGCUGCUCAAUCCGAACGUACAUCUGAUGGGUGAUGAGGGUGCAUGCAUCGCUUAUAUUCGUUUAACGCAAUUUAUUGAUAAAAAUGGUGAUGCGAGAUCACGUCAAGCCCAAGAAACGCGUGUUUGGCACAAGCGUAAUGGACGAGGUUGGGUUUGUGUUCAUAUUCAUCGUUCUGGUGCACCAUCUUCCGUAAAUACGGUUGAUUGUCAUUUUUAA